UUAUCAUGCUUAAAAAUACAAAUUUAAAAAUAUUAUGCAACCGCAGUCCGCCCCCUUCACGCCACUCAGCGAACCAAUUUUGCAAUCGUUGGAGUUCGUUCCAACUUCCAUCAAUGGGUUUUACUCGAUAUCUUCUCUUACCAAACAAGAAUAUAUUAGAAUCAUUAGAGAAUCUAGGGUUUGUCGGAUGAUUCGUAUUGAAUUUCCGUUUAUUAGGGUUUCAAUUAUUCAGAGAUUAAAACCACAGAAAGUCUGAAACUGGCGGAGAUGUCCUCACCACAAUUUUCUUCUUCGCCUUGUGCGAUGAUACAUUUGGUUGAUGUUUGCCUUCUUGUGCUGCUUCUGUUCAUUACGGUGCAUUUAAUUGGGUAUUCGGACUUGGCUGAGUAGGAAUGGGAGAACAUCCUAGAUAAAUGCAAAGAGGGAGGGCUUAAUUUGAUCCAAACUUAUGUAUUUUGGAACCUGCAUGAGCCUGUGAAGGGUCAAUAUAAUUUCACAGGCCAGAAUGAUAUUGUGAGAUUCAUCAAACUAAUUGGUGAGAGGGGCAUGUGGGCAACCCUUAGGGUUGGACCAUUCGUUCAAGCUGAAUGGAACCAUGGAGGAUAUCCAUAUUGGCUGAGAAAGGAACCCAACAUUGCAUACCGAACGGAUAACCCAGUAUAUAUGGAACACAUGGAGAGAUGGGUAACCAAGAUCAUUAGCUUGAUGAAAGAACACAUGUUAUUUGCCUCACAAGGAGGUCCUAUUAUCCUUUCUCAGGUUGAGAACGAGUAUGAUCACAUAAGAGGAGCUUACAGAAAUGGUGCUGCAGAAAGAUACAUUCGUUGGGCAGCUAAAAUGGCUGUUGCUCAGAAUACUGGUGUGCCAUGGAUGAUGUGCAAGCAAAGAGAUGCUCCUGGCGAAGUGAUCAACACUUGCAAUGGUAGACAUUGUGGAGAUACAUUCGAAGGUCCAAAUGCGCAUUUUAAGCCAUCUCUAUGGACGGAAAAUUGGACUGCUCAAUACAGAGUUUUUGGAGAUGUACCUUCUCAAAGGGCGGCUGAGGAUAUCGCCUUCGGUGUAGCACGGUGGUUCUCAAAGAACGGAAGCCAUAACAACUAUUACAUGUACUAUGGUGGUACAAACUAUGGGAAAAAUGCAGCUGCCUUUAGUACUACUCGUUACUAUGAUGAAGCUCCACUUGAUGAAUAUGGUUUGAAAAGGGAACCUAAAUGGGGACACUUGAGAGACUUGCACCGUGCUUUAACUCUAAGCAAGAAAGCAUUGCUUUCUGGGAGAUAUGGUGUCCAGAAAUUUGGUCAAGAUUUGGAGGCACGUUUUUACGAGAAAGGCAAUCUUUGUGCAGCAUUUUUGUGGAACAACAAAACCCAUGCAUCAGAAACUGUGAAAUUCAAAGGCAAACAGCAUACGCUCCCACCCAAAUCCAUCAGCAUUUUGCCUGAUUGCAAGACUGUUGUCUACAAUACAGAUCAUAUUGUAAGUCAACACAGUGCAAGAGAAUUUGUGAGGUCUGAUAGAGCUAACAAAGGUCUCAAAUGGGAGAAGACUACUGAGCACUUACCAACUAUGAAUAAUUUCUAUUCAAUGGAACCAAGGGAGCAAUUUCAUUCCACCGAGGACAAAACUGAUUAUAUUUGGUACACAACAAGGGUAGAUUUGGACACUGUGGACUUGCCUUUCAGAAAAUCCCUCCAACCAGUUUUGUGGCUGAAACAUCUUGGCCAUGCCAUGCAUGUCUUUGUCAAUGGAGAAUUUAUAGGUACCAAACAUGGAAGUCACAGAGAAGCAGCAUUCACUUAUCAGGCGGGCAUAAGAUUGAAGGAAGGUCUCAACAAUAUAACUGUCUUGAGCAGUGCAGUUGGAAUGCCUGAUGGAGGAAGCAAUAUGGAGAAAAGAUGGACAGGGCUGAAAAACUUGGGGAUCCAAGGUUUGGGUACCGGAAAUAUUGAUCUUUCACUUAAUGGUUGGCAUCACAAGAUUGGAAUGGAAGGAGAGAAACAUCAAUACUUCACUGAAGAAGGCUCAAAGAAGGCGAAAUGGGCUCCAGCAACAGGAGCUAGGGAACUUUUCACUUGGUAUAAGACUUAUUUUGAUGCACCAGAAGGAGAUGACCCUGUCGCUAUAAGGAUGGCAAACAUGUGCAAAGGAAUGGUUUGGGUUAAUGGACGAAGCAUAGGACGCUACUGGUCUAGCUUCCUAAGUGUAAAAAAAGAGCCUUCUCAAAAAGAGUACCACAUCCCAAGAGCAUUCUUAAAGCCUAGGGACAAUUUCUUGGUGAUUUUUGACGAGUCAAGAGGGAAUAUCGACAGAGUGCAGAUUGAAAUAGUGAACCGUGACACCAUCUGCAGCUACAUUGCAGAGGACAUGGCACCCAAUGUGAUGUCCUGGAAGAGAGAUGAAGGAGAUUUCCUUGCUGCAAUUGAUGACUUGAGACCCAAGGCAUCGCUCAAGUGCCCCAAGAACAAGAUCAUCAGUCGCGUUGAGUUUGCUAGUUUUGGUAAUCCUGUUGGUGUUUGUGGUUACUUCCUCCUUGGCAACUGCACUUAUCCGGAUACCCAAAAGAUUGUUGAGCAGCAGCAUUGUUUAGGAAAAGAUAGCUGCACAAUUCCAGUUGACAGGAAACUGUUCAACAAUGGCAACAACAAUUGUGCAGGAGUUUCAAUUAAAUCAUUGGCCGUGCAAGUGAGAUGCAGCCGCACGGACUAGAAUGGCUAUUAUUGCUCUUCUUUAUGUUCUUUGUCUUUGAAGGAAAGCAAGGAUGGGAUUUGGAGAAUCGGGAUAUAGGGCAAAGAAAUGUAUUAGUUUGUUAUGAGUGGUCAGAUUCUCCAUGUUUAGAGCUGUAAAAAAAAAUCAAAUAAAUAAGUAAUAAAACAAGAAAAAAAAUUGUUCUGAAAUUGGUAUUCUACCUCGCAUGUUUCCCUUGCCAGGCAAUAAGAAAAUAUUUAGAAUCAACUGGAACUUUUAUAUCACAAAAAUCCGACUUAGGAAAUAGAUGAACUUACCGUCUUUAAAAAUAAAUUUAUAAUUAUGUAGAAAUCAAUUUGGACAUAAGAUCUAAUUUUAAACUUAUUCGAAACACCUAACUCACCUUGUAAAAAGUAUCAAUAAUCUAAUCUAGCUCAUGAUAUUCAAAAAUCAUUUAAUGUCAUAAACAAAAGAUGUACAAAUGGAGUUUUUGUCACUUUCUUCCAAAUCCAAAAACAUAAAA